AUGGAAGUCGAAGAAACGAGGGACCCCACCCCUCUCGGUCGAUGUUGCAGUCUUGCAGACUCUUCCCUUGUCAUUGAAAUGGAAAAAUCUAUCUACUACUUUAAAAACAGAGGCAUGGCUGUUCUCUUUGCUGCAAGUUUCAGCUGCAGUAUCCCUAGAACCGAUGCUGGCUUCUACAUAUCGUUGAGGGGUGAUGGUGAAGUCCUGCAAACACAAGAUCUCCAGGUUGAAGGGGCUUGCUUGAUCAUGGUGCCUAUUGGGGAAUAUUCUUGCUGUGCAGCUUGCGGUUGGUACAUUCCAACCCACCUUCGCGACUUUAUUUCCAUGGCAGAUCUCUUUGGCGACCAAGAUGGAGUUCUCAAGUCGGUUUCAGACACACCACCUACUCAUUUCACCCUCAAAAUUCAAUUAUUUUCAUUACUAACAAAGAACAACAUUGAGAGAUACACUUCAGUUAGUUCAUUGCAUCCUGGUUGGGCGGUGCAUGCUGCUUUUCGACUGUUUUUGCUUGAUCAGAACAAAGACAACUACUUAACACUUCAAGAUACAAGAAGAAAGGGAAGACGCUUUAAUGGAAUGAAGCUGGAAUGGGGUUUUGAUCGGUUCAUCCCUCUUACUACAUUUUCCAAUCCUGAUAAUGGGUAUCUUGUCAACGAUACUUGUGUCUUUGGAGCAGAGGUCUUUGUCUGUCAGGAGAAAAAAAAGGGUAAAGAAGAGUCAUUAUUGAUGAUGAAGGACGCUAUUAAGUACAAGCACACUUGGAAAAUUGAGAAAUUUUCAAAGUUAGACAAAGGGUGUGAAGACUCUGACACAUUCAAUGCUGGAGAUCAAAAAUGGAAGAUACAACUAUAUCCAAAGGGAAAAAGCAGUGGCAUAGGAACUCAUAUAUCUCUGUAUCUGGCUUUGGCUGAUCCCACAGCCCUUCCUCAUGGCUCCAAAAUAUUUGCAGAGUUCAUAUUGCGUAUACUAGACCAAACGCACAGCAAUCAUGACUUCGGAAAAGCGACUUACUGGUUCAGUGCAUCAAGCCAACAAUGUGGUUGGCCUCGAUUCAUUUCACUCAGUUAUUUCAAUUCAUCUUUCAACGGCUUUCUGGUAAAAGACAGUAGUUGGGUGGAAGCAGAAGUCAUUGUCCAUGGGGUGGCUAAUGCACAGUAA